AUCGACCAGCGGCACCCUUGGCACAAAACCCCUGCAGAAGCUUCGAAGGAGAUGUUGUCCCGAGUUGCUCAAAGCCUCCGAAGUGGAAGCCGUGUGGCCGCACCCAUCGCUGGAGCCUUGCGGAACAGCUUCACCGUGGUGCAGGAGGCCACUCCGCGACUGAACCGCUGUGAGCUCUAUGUGCCUGGCACCCAAGCCAAGAUCAUCCCAAAGGCAGCCAAGUCUGCGGCCGACGUGGUGGUGAUGGACCUGGAAGAUUCCGUGGCCAUUGGAGAAAAGGAGGUGGCUCGAAAGAACGUGAUCCAAGCAUUGAAGGAAGUCGACUUUGGUAACAAGACGGUAGCAGUCCGUAUCAAUGGCCUCUACAGUCACCACAUGUACCGCGACGUGGUGGACAUCAUCGAGCAGGCGGGAGAACGAUGCGAUGUUUUCAUCAUCCCCAUGGUGGGUGUGGACAAGGACGUCUACAUGGCCGAUGCCCUGGUGAGUCAAGUGGAGACCGCUGUGGGACGAAAGAAGAAGUUGGGCUUCGGCCUCAUCAUCGAAGCAACCAUGGGCAUGAUGAACGUCCACGAGAUCGCCGCCGCCUCCAAGCGCAACGAAUCGCUGCACUUCGGCGUGGCGGAUUACAGCGCGUCGACCAAGAGUCGCACCACGAACAUCGGAGGCCCCAACAAACUCUACGGGGUGCUCACCGACAAGGAUGGCGACAAGCCUCGCGACUUCGUCUGGGGUGACCCCUGGCACUACGCCAUGUCCCGCAUCGUGGUGGCUGCACGGGCCAACGGCCUGCGACCUGUUGACGGCCCCUUCGGCGACAUCGCGGACCCCGACGGCUACCGCGCCCAGUGCAAUCGGGGUGCUGCCUUGGGGAUGGAGGGGAAGUGGGCCAUCCAUCCCAGCCAGGUGGCAAUCGCCAACGAGGUCUUCAGCCCUGGUGAGGCGGAGGUGACCCAAGCCCGACGUGUGUUGGAGGCUAUGGAGAAAGCUCAGAGAGAGGGCUUGGGCGCCGUGUCGUUGGAUGGCAAGCUGGUGGACAUCGCUUCCAUCAAGCAGGCUGAAGCGAUUGUGAAGAAGGCGGAAGCGAUUGCAGCCAUGUGAGGCACCAGCCAACCUGGCAGGACCCCAGCAUGCUGCUGGAGGUGGUAUGACUGGUGAAUGCCAAUUCUUCCCUGGCGGAGUGUAUUCGCCAGUGUCGUGAGAUUUUCAUAGUUUUUCGUUCUAUUUUAGGUCGCCAACGGCUGACGACAGCUAAAUUUAAAGGGCAGAUUGGCCCGUGCCGUUUCUUCUUGACUCUGUUCCAACGAAACUUGAGGCG